GCUCACGUGGUCACUGGCCGCACCCCCCUCGGGGCCCCACUCCUGGACAGCAGAGCUCCGGGGGCGCAAAAAAGAAGGCCAAGGCCGCGCCGACGCCGAAAGCGCCGCCGCCCUCCGGCGAGGAAGAGGCAGGGGCUUCUCGCCACAGACGAGAGGAGGCGAGGCAGCCACUCCUUUCAGAGCUCCGAGAGUUGCGGCUGAGGAACAGUGUUCUCAGUGCUGAGAACGCACAAGUGAGCGAGAUGCGCGCGGAAGUCCUUCAGGCGGUCGAAGAGAACGGUGCUCUUCGGACUCUGGUGAAGAUGCAGACCGAGAUGGCUUCGCAGUACGUGCAGGCGCAGCAGACGGGAGAGCUGUGCAAAGAGCAGGUGAAGCGGGGGCGCCACUGGUGGCUUCGCUUCAAAGCGGAGGAGCUGUGUGUGGCCAGGGAGACCAGCGAGAGGAACGAGGUCAGAGCAAAGCUGGCCCAGGAGGACGGUAGUCGCAGGCAUCCAAUUUAG